AUGACGAUCGUUUGCGUGAUCUGUGCAGCCCUAGCCUCCGGUCUCAUAAUGGGUCUAGUGUCCCUCGAUGACUUUGACCUCAGAGUAUUGAUGGAAUCCAGCGAGGAUGAUGUCCUUUACUCAGCCGAUAAAGCCGACAUGAGAAGGAAGAAGGAAGCUGCUAUUAAAUUGUAA